AUGUCAGCAAAUCUACACCUUGUGAUAAUGGUUCCCAUCUUCCUUACGGUGAGCCAAAGCAGUGUAGCAAUGGCUCGACCGAAGAUCCCGGCCGGGCGUGAUCCAUGCUCCGUGUCAGAUUUCAAGGUGCUUUUGAAGAUCAGUCGUGAAGGGUCAAAAGAAUGUUGUGAGGACUCAAGACUUGUUACUCAAACUAUGAUGGUGCGCUCGAUAAGACGAUAA